AUGCUGGGUCGCAUGUGGCAGGCCAGUCGACGUGGAUUGAACCUUGAACAUAAUCCUCCUCACCAAUUCGCAUGCUCCCAGUGGCAGACUGGACACAGACCAGCUAUUUAUUAUUUAGUUUACAGAUGGUUAUUCUUCCUAUCAGUAUUAUCGAUCGCCAUAACGAGCUUCGCCUGCCAAAGACUACCGCAGCAUUACGAUGGUCCAAAGGUUGAACUCAACUACUUCAAGUGGUUUAUAUACUUCACAAACUGGGGUUACCUCCUCAUAGUUCUGCAAGCUGGCUUAGGAUUGGCUGUGGUACAUAAAUAUAGGAAUCAGAAGACAUACUGCAUACCAUGUGAUGAAGAGGAGAUUCCGCUGCCACGCCGUCAGAAGACUCCUCUGCUCUGCCGGGUAUACUGGCUGUCACAUAAUAUUGCUACUGAUCUAUCCUUCGUUAUAACACUGGUGUACUGGACUUUAGUUCAUGAUCCUAAAAUACAUGAGAUCAACGCCCUAAACAUCUUAGUCCACGGCUGCAACUCUCUAGCGAUGUUACUAGAAUUGUCAGUAACUGCUCAUCCUAUACGCGCUGCUCAUGCAAUAUUCGGCGCGGGCGCAGGUCUUAUGUAUGGUAUAUUCAGUGCGUUCUACUGGGCUGUGGGUGGCACUGAUAGGAUUGGUCUACCAGCUAUAUAUCCGGCGCUGGAUUGGAAUAAACCAGGUUCAGCGUUUGGAUUCGUCGCACUUUGCGCUGUCGUCAUGAUGUUUGCUCACGGAGUAGCUACAUUAGUUGCUUUGUCGCGCACGAAGAUAGCUGGAAGAUGUCGACCUUCCAGCUCACACCUGGAUAAGUUCACGCUACCAACGCACUGA